AUGUAUGACAAGGGACUUCAAGCCUUUUGGAACGGAACAAACAGCACCUGUUGUUUCUUUGAUGAACCACUUCUCUCCUAUCUGCUCCCUCCUCUGCUGAUUGUGGUUUUUGUGAUGGGGUCAAGUUUCAAUGGCAUUGCCCUAUGGGUCUUUUGCUGUCAAAUUAAGUCAUGGACAUCCAGUACAGUCUAUCUCUUCAACUUGGCAGUUGCUGAUUUUUUGCUCCUAAUCUGCUUACCCUUCAGGACUGACUAUUACCUGAAACAGAAGACCUGGGUGUAUGGAGAAAUCCCAUGCUGGCUGGUCCUCUUCAUGCUUGCCAUGAACAGGUCUGGAAGCAUCUUUUUCCUGACAUUGAUAGGAAUUGACCGCUAUUGUCGCGUUGUCCACCCUCACCAUAGCAUCAACUCCAUGCCCACCAAGUUUGGAAUUGGCAUUGCCUGUGCGGUUUGGGUUGGUAGUGUGGUCCUUACAAUCUUUGUUGUCCCCAGCAUCCAGAAUGGUGGGGAAGACACCGCUUUCUGUGACUUUUUUACCAUAUGCCCCAGUUACUUUGAUUACUAUGACCUGCACUUCAUUAUGGUGUUUUUUCUACCUCUCUGCAUCAUCCUGUACUGCUCCUGCAGGAUAGUCUGGAGACUGAGGCAGAGGAACUUGGACAGACACUUCAAGAUUAAAAGAGCUGUGCAAUGUAUCAUAUUGGUUGGCAUCAUGUUUUCUGUAUUUUUCUUACCGAGUGUGUCCACCAGAAUUGAAGUGUUGAGGCUCCUGUCAUCUCCUCAAAAAGCCGACUGCAAUAUCUACAAGACAGUGGACACAGCCUUCUACAUAACAAUCACCCUGACCUACAUGAAUAGCAUGUGUAACCCACUGGUAUAUUAUUUCUUCAGUCCCUCAUUCCAGGCAUUUUACCUGAAAAUCAUAAAAUGUUCUAACCAAUCAGAGAUGGAAUCUGAACAAAAUAACAAUAACUCACAUACUACACCGGAGCUGCACACAGCUGCCAGCCCACAUUGAUUGAACAGUAAUAUGUGACUAGAAGGUCCAUUAGAAGUUCGUAGAUC